CUAAGAAGAAUUCACUUUCCUCACAUGUCUUCAUUAAAGAAUGUCCUUUAUUUUCAAACUGGCCUUGGAGUCAUAGCCAAUAUGUUCCUGCUUUUUUUCUACAUUAUCAUAAUCCUAGGUCCCAGACAUAAGCCCACUGAUCUGAUCUUCUGUCAACUGACCUUCGUUCACAUAAUGAUGGUCCUCACUGGGUGGGUUAUUUCGCUUACAGAAAUAUUUGAGUCACUGAACAUUGAGAAUGACUUCAAAUGUAAGACAACUUUCUACAUACACAGGGUGAUGAGAGGCCUCUCCAUCUGCAUCACCUGCCUCCUGAGUGUGUUCCAGGCUGUCAGCAUCAGUCCCAGUACCUCUUUGUUGACAAAAUUUAGACAGAAACUAAAAAAAUACAUGACCAGUGCUUUAUUGUGUGUUUGGUGUUUUAAUUUGUCCCUUAGUAGUAGGACAAUCUUCUAUGUUGGUGCUUAUAUUAACAUGAGUGGGACUACCCAGAUGAAGAUCACUAAAACCUGUGCAUUCUUCCCCAUGAACUACGUCAUCAGAGGAUUGCUUUUAACAGUGACAACCUUCACAGACGUGUUUCUUGUAGGAGUCAUGCUGACCACAAGCACAUACAUGAUGAUUCUCUUGUUCAGACAUCAGAGGCAAUGCAAGCAUCUUCAUAGCAUCAGCCACCUGAGAGCAUCCCCUGAGAAAAGGGCCACCCAGACCAUCUUGCUGCUGGUGGUUUUCUUUGUGGUCAUGUACUGGGUGGACUUCAUCAUCUCAUCCACCUCAGUCCUGUUAUGGAUGUACGACCCAGUCACCCUGACUGUUCAGAAGUUUGUGAUGAAUAUUUAUCCCACAAUAACUCCUUUGGUAGAAAUCAGUUCUGAUAGCAGAAUAAUCAUUAUGCUGAAAAACCUCUAG